GUUGGAGCACCCAGUGGUUCAUCCCUCUCUUCCCUAUUGUUCCUUCUUUUGCAGAUGUUUAUGGAUCUCAGAGGCACGUGGUGCCGAGAGAGGAUCAGCGUGUUUCCCAAGGCUGCAGCAGAGCCGGGCCCCACAGCCACUCAGAGCAUAUCUCCUGCUCCCAGCCUGGAUCUUUUUGGGGACAGAGUCGUCUCCAGUCCAAGCCAAGUGCCAGGCUUUGUUAGGAACAUGCACCAGAGGCUUGUGUCCAAUGGGCCUCCAGACGAGUGGCUGCUCAUGGACAUCCUGAGGCUGACUGAGGCACACCCCACCGAUGUUGCAGUGACCCUCCUGCGCUGUGCCCCAUCGUGUGACAGAGGUGCUGCAAUCAUGUGGAAGAACAUAGCCUCAUCAGGAACAACACUGAAAAAGGUGCUGCCAACACUGCUUUGUGUGAUGGAGGGCUGGCCACUGCAGAAAAUGUACACCUCUGAUGGGGACACUGAGGAUGUGUUUUCCCUGGCUGCAACCAGGGUGCUUUGGGAGAUUCUCCGCCUGCCCUGGUGCCCAGAGCCAUUUGUGGAAUAUUUCCCCAAUCUCUUUGUGGCUCUGCUCUUCCAAGUUUACCUCAGUACAGAGCAGGUAUCAGAGGACAUAAAUGCUUUAUGGAAAAGAUGUCAGGAGGAAAAUUGCCUUCCCGCCAAUAUCAACAGAUUUGUAGUGAACACUGUGAAGGCACUGCUGCACCACCUGCGUUGUCUGGAUUUACUGAUGGCAGUGGAACGCAGGUGUGCCUGGGACACGCUGCUCUGUGCCGACACCCACCACUAUGCAGUGGGUCUGCUGGCCAGCUGGGCACUCCUGUCACUGCUCUGUGCCUUCCAGGUCCUGGACUGCCUGGACUUGAGUGAAUGGGGUAACUUAAUACUGGAGAUCAUGACAAAGCACCUGCAGAGCGAGUCCAUGGAGAGGUGUCACCUGGCACUCAAAGGCCUCGUGGUGCUCAGCCAGGACCCCUCGAUGGCCAAAAAAAUAUGCAGCCUGUCUGAACGCCUCGUGGAGCUACUGAGGAAUGAAGACACAGAGGUGGUCAAGAGGAGUCUCUCAGUGUUCACAAAUCUACUCCUGAACAAAGAUAUCCAAACAUCCAGUUCUACAGCCCCAAAAUUGGCUGAGGCGCUCCGGCCCCUCUUUGACCAUGACAACAGCCAUGUGCAGCAGCUCUCCAUUCACCUCUAUCAAGAUGUGAUGGAAUCAGUAGAGGAAAAGGGAAAGCAGCCGCUGAAGAUGCUUGUGAGCCAGAGCCUGCUCCCGCUCUUUUUCCAUUGCCAUGAUGAGAACCAGCGUGUGGCACAGGCCUCUCGGGAAGCGCUGCUGUCUGCAGUGACCUUCCUGAAGAGGAAGGGUCUCCAGCGGCUGCUGCAGAUGGAUGAGCUGUGGAGCUUUGGCGAGCACUUGCUGGCAGAGGACAGGAGCCGAGCGGCCGAGCACCUGCGCCGGGCCCUGCCCUACCUGGAGAGCCCGCAGGAGCCCCUGCGAGAGGCGGCCGUCAGGGCUAUCGGGAUCGCCACGCUGCUCAUCAGGGGGCAGCCAGAAGAGCUGCAGCUCAUCUGCGAGGCCCUUCAAGCCCUUCGCAUGGAUGACAGCCCCUCCAACACAAACCAGAUAGUCCAAGUCAUGUUAGAUGAAAGAGCUGCAUCACUAGGUUCAUCUUCUGGUUCGAGACAACCAGGACAGCAGCAGAUUCCAUGAAAGAGGACACAUCCCCUAGAGAUUAGAAGAGAACAGGUGGAGCUCCAGGCACAGCUGAUGCUGGGCACACCUGAGCUUGCCUUCUUCCCUCUUUACUGGUCCCUCCCUGCAGCCCUCAGACCCUGCUUGUUCCCUUCUCCUUCUCCCCAGCUUAUCCCUCUGCUUUGAUUGCCAUUAAUAAACAUUGCAACUUCACCU